AUGUCCGUUUCUGUUCGUGAUCUUCAAGUGUUCAACAAUGACUGCGAAUUUAAAUGCUUCGACAAAGAUGGCCGUAAAAAAGAGCUGAAAUACCAACUAUACAGGCAUCGCAUGAAUUAUCAGUUGUUGGGCAUCCUGCGAUCAACUUACGAAGAGCACAUGCCCAGGCGUAACACACGUCGAAUAUUGCCACAUAUGAUACACAAACCAAAAAAUGUUAUCCAACUUGGGUAG